CUCCUCGGUCGCCGCGGGUCGGGAAGGGCGCGAGCCCCAUGGAGGCGGUGCUCCGCGCGUGGGUAGGUGGGCGCGAGGGCUGCGCGGGGCGUCGGCCCGCCCUGCGGCCGCGAGAUGGCGGCGAGAGGAGGCGAGGGCGGGCUCCGUGCGGCUCCUCCGGCCGGGCUGCGUCCUGCGGGCCUGCCCGACCGUUGGACACGAGCAGCGUGAGGACGGGCUUCCGAGCCUUCCUAGAGCAGUGGGGGGCGUAAGCAGACGGGCUCUGACAGCUGCUGCCGGGUUGCACGCCGCCCUCUGGUUUGCUGCUUCGGAGGGCGGAGCGGAGCGGCGCCUGAGGAGAGCAACGCGCCGUGCUGCGGGCAGCUGCUGCCGUUCGGCGCCUCGUCCUGAGGGCGUGCGGAGUCCGCACGUGCCGGACCCUCUGAGCAGAGUUAGGUGCCUCCCACAAGAACCAGCGCCGAGAGCAGCCCCGUGCUCCUGCCUGAGGUCGGAGCUGCCGAGCGAGUCCUUUGAGGAGCUCGGGGCAGCAGGCGAGGUGGGCUAGCGCCCACCUGGGGGCCUCCACCUGCGGCAGUGCAGGGGGCUGCUCGAGCUCUCGGCCUGCGGUCGUCUCGGAGGCCGUAAUGUGGGCGAGAAGCUCCCUGGUGCAUUACCGCCGUGCUCUGUGCGUAAGAGCAUGCAGGGUGCAAACAGCUACGGGCAACUUGGCCUUGGUCAUAAAGAGGAUGUGCUGGUACCUCAGUUACUGAAAGAUGUUUCCUGCAAGUGUCAAGACAUCAAGAGCAUCGCUGGAGGAGGGGGACAUUCUGCGGUUAUCACUGGUGCUGGAGAGCUCUUCGUAUGUGGCCAUAACAAAGCGGGGCAGUUGGGAUUGAAUCACACAGAAGAUGUGCUGUGUUUCACACUGUGCACUGCCCUGUCUGGCUUCUGCGUGCAAGAAGUGGCCUGUGGUUGGGAUUUUACAAUCAUACUAGGAAGAGCUGGCCUUGUUCUGUCCUGUGGCUCUAACGCUUUUGGGCAGCUAGGAGUUCCUCAAAUUUCAGGUCCAUGCUUGAUUCCACAAAAGAUCAAGCAGUCCCUCAAAGAGAAAGCAGUGGGUAUUGCUGCAGGACUGAGACAUGCCCUUGCUGCCACGGAGAGUGGUUUGGUGUUUCAGUGGGGAACUGGCAUGGCGUCUCGGGCAAAGCGUGUGCACCAGGGGAAAACCCUCCCUGUGUUCUGGGCUGCGAAGGAACCCUGUGAAAUAAAAGGCCUGGAAGAUGUGAAGGUGAAGAGAGUUGCUGCAGGCUCCUACCACUGUGUGUCUCUUACAGGUGAAGGACACCUCUAUGUCUGGGGUAGCAACAAACACGGGCAGCUGGUGAGCAAGGAGGUAUUUCUUGUUGAGCCCAAGAAGGUAGACACUCAGUUUUUCUCACAUGAAAAGAUUGGAGCAGUUUGGAGUGGUUGGACUCACCUGGUGGCACAGACAGAAACUGGGAAGGUAUUCACCUGGGGCAGAGCAGACUACGGACAGCUUGGAAGACAUGCAGUGGUUCCUGAUGGGCAGGAGACGUGCACAGCAUCUGAACAACCCAUGAAGCUGUUUUGUAACAUUCCAAUUUCCUUGCCUUGCCUAAAUGGAGCAUCUCAGAUCGCAUGCGGCUCCGAGCAUAAUCUGGCAGUAGUUGGUGACUGUUGCUUAUCUUGGGGAUGGAACGAACAUGGGAUGUGUGGUGAUGGCACAGAAGCAAACGUUCAUGUACCAAAGCCAGUGAAAGCUCUUGGUUAUGCAAAGCAGAUCUUAAUUGGAUGCGGGGCAGGACACUCCUUGGCUCUUUGUCAAAACUCCACUUUAGACUCAGGACACCAGAAAUCAUAGCAACAUGGAUGUGGAUGGACAUCAUUGGAUUGCGUAGCUCAGAAGUUCUGCAAGAAGAUUGCCUAAGAUUAACAUGGCAGCUGGAAAGUGCAGAAGUUUGUUCCCAAACUGAAAGGAAUGAGCGUGCUUAGAAAAGUAUGGGAAAAAUAAAAAUUGAACGGUUAUUUUAAAAAAUUAUAUCAUGAGUUCUUUGCACAGGAACUGACUUUCUUACCCACAAGUAGAAUGACAUUUUGCCUUGAUGCAAGAUCACUGAAGAAAGAAUGACCUUUUCUUGUCUUCUUAAGAAGUCUUUGAGGAGGAAGCUGCCUGUCUAAUCUCUUAUCAUUAGUAUAAAAAUUCAGUCUGAGGAAACAGUGUGAGAAUCUGGAAACAUGGGGCCAGCUCUGGUCUUUUAUUAUUGUAUCUAUAUGUCACAACGAGCAUGCGCUGCACCUGCCAGCUUUUAUUGAAGUUGUGAGCGCCCACCAUCUUGAAAAAUCCAGUUGAAAAGAGAAAUGCCAGUGAACAUAAAUAGAGACAUAUGCACACUUUAAACAGAAGAUCAGAAUUUUAAAAAGUAGAUAUAAUUUAGAAGACUGGCAAAAGGAGAAAAUGAGGCCCUUCUGAAAUAAGCUACAUGUUGAUUAAACUGAGAGGAACAGAGUUUCUGAAGAAUUAUCUUCCGUGCCAGACAUCCAUUCAAUAUACAUUCACAGGGCUGCAGAUCCACAUGAAUUAUUAUUAGCUAGAAAACCAAACCUAAAGUUUUUGAAGCUACUGAUAGGAAAUAAAGUCUUCUGAGAGCCCUUGGAAACAACAGAAGAGAUCUUGUUGAGGAGCCUAAGUCAGUUGUAGCUGUUGAGGACAGUUUGAUCCAACAUAGCUCAUGCAUUUGUAGCUGCAGCUGAAUAGGAAGACUUCCAAAUAUUAACAGAAACUUUUUAUAAGUUCUCUAGCUUAAAAGGCAGACCAGAAUGCUCCUGAUAGUGUCAGCUCUCACAUCAGCUUGGCAGCCCACUUGAGGUACUGAUCAGAGCAUGCCCACAGUACUAGACCCAGGUGAGUGCUGAGUAGAGAAAUAUAUGCCUUACACUGAUUAUGGUGGGAGGGAAGUAUAAGUUGUCUUCAGAUACUAUUAACUUCCUAUGGUGAGCAGAAUUUUGGAAGCUAUUUAUAAAACUCUUUCACACAAAUACAGUGGAUGCCAUUAAACUAGAUGUUCACCACCUACGAUAGUUAAAUUUGCUGUGGUAUUUGAUAUAUUUCAAGCUCUAAAUAUAGGGAGUACUACUGUGUGGUAAACACACCUUUUAAUGAAAGAACUACUGUUACUGAACAGUGGUUUAAUUUUUAAAUGAGGGCUUGCCAGGGAGGAAGCUUUACAGAAUUGCAAAAUACUAAGAGAAGGGCUGUUAGAAAAUAGGAUGGCAAAACUGUAAUGACCUGUCAGCUGACUCACAGGGGGGAGGGAGAUAAGGUGGUGGUAUAUGGCCUGUGAGGUUUCUUCUCCUUGCUUUUUCAGUGGUUACAGUUCAUGGCCUCAUUUUCAGAUGUUUUCUCUUUCUGUUCAAUGGAGAAGAAAUUUGUAGUAUGAAGCUGAUUAUAACUGCAUUGCAGAUACUGAAAGAAACUGUUAGAAUAAUAGAAUGAGACCAACUGCAAAAAGUGCAAAAUUGAAUCUUCCAUCAUUUUCUCAUCUCUGUUGCUUGUGGUUCUUCACAGUAAUGCCCUGUUUUGGACUGCUACUUCUGACACUUUUUACUUGUCUGACCAGGCUGCUAUUUAUUUACUCCUCAGUACCAUUUUCUAACUAAAACAGCCUCUCUGAUACAUGUAGUGAACAGUUACUCAUGCUUUUUGGGCAGUUUUGUCUGGAGUUCCUUCUUUUGUUUUCCUCUGAUCUGUGUACUGAAUAAACUUUAUCUUCUUUCAGUGGGAAGUACGCUCAGAAUAAUUUUGUUCAUUGGUUAAUGGCAGCUAGUAUGUGACCCACAGGCCCUAGGUUUUGCUGUAUUUGGCGUGUUUUGAUUAAGUUGUUGGUGCAGUCCCUUUUAGAGGAAUCUAACAAAUGAUGUAACAAAUAAAUGGGACUUGGUUAUUUGAA